AGUUGAUUGGCUAAUUCCAUCAGCCAAAGGUGUGGUUACUGGAGAUUCGCGGCCUGGUCGUCGUUGCUACGUGAAGUGGAGCCUGAGUGGAAAUAAAAAUGAUUGAGAUCAUUUGCAAUGACCGUUUGGGAAAGAAGGUUCGCGUUAAGUGCAAUCCUGAUGAUACCAUACAAGAUCUGAAGAAGUUAAUUGCUGCACAAACUGGAACAAAAUGGGACAAGCUGGUCUUGAAGAAAUGGUACACCAUUUUCAAGAAUCACGUUCAGUUAGAGGAUUAUGAGAUCCACGAUGGAAUGAACUUGGAGCUUUAUUAUCAGUGAAGUGUAUUCCAGCCUGAGAAGUUUGCCACAAAUAACAGCUUGCGGGGAAAUAAGCUUAUGGCUUCAGAAUGAACACUUGUGCUUUUCUGAACAUUACUUAUUUUUCUUUAGUUUGGAGAAAUUUCUUUGUAUUUCAGAAUACUUGAUUUCUUUGUCCAAUACAAGAUGCUUUUAAUUUCCGGUGUUUAUUAGCAAAUAAAAGUGUCAAUCUGUGUAAUUACAUGCGUAUCUAUUCCUUCCCAUUCUGACCAUAAUCUCUUCCACUUAGCGCACAGUAUUAGACUGGAUUUUGCCUUGAGUAUGCUGCUAAAUGAGAGUCUUGCAGUUGCUACAGUUUCCGUUCAUUUUAAAAUACAAGAAUCGCCAACAAUCUAACUAAUUCAGGAGAUUGAAGCUUUGCAUGAUUUUUGAAGUUUAGAAUCUCAUGUCUGAUUUAACAAAGGUUGGAGGAGGAUAUUUCAUUGCAUACGCCCCCACCCCGUCUCUGCAGAUGCAAGUUCAUUAACUAGUUUGCAUUGUAGCCGGGUAUCAGAAAACCAGUUCUGUGUCACAUGUUUGAAUGGAAUUAAAGUGGAAAUGUGCUUUA